AAGAUAAGAAGAUGUAACAUGGCGGCCAAACUGGAGAGUGCUGAUAAAGUGCUACGAAGAUAUAAAAGAGAAUUUCUAUUAAAUGAGUUAUUAUUAAUUAGUGGAAAUGCUUUAAAUAGUGGUUUAACUCUACAUGACGUUAAAAACGUGUGUAGGAAAAGUGCUAGUGUGAAUUCUAAAUACUUCGACCAUCAACAUAGUAAACACUGGAGGUUAGGAUUCAAAAGUUUGAUAAUAGUAAUAUUGAUAAUUAUUUUCAUGUGCUUCAUAAUUCGAUUACCUAUAUUAGAUGGUAUGAUGAAAAACGCUCUCGGUAUCAAAUGUGUUAUACCGAAUAAUUAUUUUGUUUGGGAAGCUACAAGACCCAUAACGGAUUGUAGUAUGUGUAAAGGUGUUAAUGGUGUUCUAAUUCUGCCAAAUAUUACAAGAGAAGAGUUUCAUAAAUAUGCUUACUCUUCAAGACCUAUUGUAGUAAAAGGUGCAGCUUCUCACUGGCCUGCAAAGCAGUUAUUUAGUUUUAAUUAUUUCAAAGAUAUAUUUAAAAAUAUUGAUGGCUCUUAUGAAAAUAUUGAAGAGGAUUGUCAGUUUUUAACAUUUAAAACUGAUUUCCUCUCAUUAAGAGAUGUAUUCUCAAUGCCUAGAAGGCGUCUUCUCAAUUGGAAAGGAGAACGUCCCUGGUAUAUUGGCUGGAGCAAUUGCUAUCAGCCAUUACUGAAUGAAAUGCGCCAACACUAUUCGAGGCCGCAUUUCCUCCCAGCUGAUGCCGAACAUGCUCAUGUAGAUUACGUGUUUAUGGGAUAUCAACAAGGUGCUGUCAUGCAUCUUGAUUACAUUAGUAGACUAAUGUGGCAGGCUCAACUAAGAGGACAUAAGACUUGGAGGCUGAACCCUCCGCCGGAAUGUGAAGCCGUCUGCUCUGGCUUCAGCUUUCGCGUUUAUCCCGGUGAUAUACUACUGCUGGAUACCCGCCAAUGGUACCACGAUACGCACAUCGACGAAGGAGAGUUCAGUCUGACUGUAAGCUCAGAAUACGGUUGAACCGUAGCGCACAAAAUAGUACCUAGUUUCACAGGUUUUCGAACCUGAAUUUAUGUUUUAGGUACAUUUUUAUGAUUAAAAGAUUUUUAUUUUAAAAAUCAAAAAUGGAUUUGUUUGAAAAAGUUGACGAUAUUUUUUCAACAAAACUUCCAAACCCUAGGUCUAAACUAAUUGUAAAUUUUCUACUAAAUUUGUGCUAAUUACAUUUUUUAAUGUAUUCUACUUUUUCUCAGAUAUUUUCAAUUUUAUAUCUUCACUUGAAUGAAUAUCAAUUUAUCUCUUUCUUGAGGGAUUCAUUUUACUAAAAUUUUAGUAAUUUCUAUCAUUCUUGUGUAUCAGAAAGCAUAGGACGUUUUAAUAGAACAAUUAUUAUAUUGAGCUUAAUCAAUGCAUCUAAUAUUUAGAUUAUAAACUCCUUUAUUGCCAUAAACUGUUUAAUCUAUUCAAUUACUUGUUCAUAGUAGCUGUAAUAACUAUUCUCAAUACAGAACUCAUUUCAGAAAUUACCAAUAAUGAAAUGUAUCAAGUCUAUAUCAAUCAAAUGGAGCGUAUUUUUAGAAAAUGCAUUUUUCCACUGAACUACUUACAAUAUAAAGAUGAAAUUCUUCCAACUUUUGUUACAAUUCUAAUUUAUUGUUUUUCAUAAGUAUUAUAUUUCUUGCUCGUUUUAUUUAUGUAUUUGUUUUAAUUGUAGAUUUUAUACCAUUUUGUUGUUACUGAUGUGUGUUCUCUAAGUCAUUUUUAUGCAAUCAAAAGAAUAUUUUUCUAAACAAGUUGUGUUCAUUGGCUGUAUAAAUAUGGCAUUCAUAUUGUACAGUUAUUGUUACCAAGUAAUUAGAAUGUGUUGUGAAACUUAGUAAAUAUAGUGUGAAAAUAUUCUAGUUAUUUAAAAUUGAUUACAAUCAAGAUUGUAUAUAAUUAAUUAUUGUAUAAAGUUUGUAUUUUUUUGAAAAUAUGUAUAUUUUUCCAUCAUUGCUUCCAAUGUAAUCUUGCCAUGAAAAUUAACUUAGUUUUGAUAUUGAAUUUUUGGAAGAUUAUUAUUUUUGUAGAAGAAUUAGUUCCUUUUUGCCUAUUCUAUUCAGAUCUCCGGUACUGUAAUAUAAUAGUGUUGAAACUAUCUAUCGCGUGGCUUGCGAGAAGGCAGUCAUGUAGGAUUACCCCGUUAGAAGUUUGUAUUGAUCUGAGAAAGUAGAAAGUAGUAGAGUGUGAGCCAGAAAGUUCGUACCAUCUGGUACUACCCAAAAUCUUUUUUAUCUUUCUACAGUCCUGCUUGUGUUGUACAAGGAUUGGAGAGAUGUAGUUUACUGUUGUAACGAAAUAUAGAUUAUUUCAGUA